AUGCCUCUUGACAGCAGCCCGUUACUUCACGAGGACUCGGGUUACGCAGAAUUCGCGGCUGGUUUGGAUAACGUCGAAGAAAAUGCCUCCUCUGUUGACUACGAACCAACUAGAUACUGUUUUUAUCGCGACUUCAGCCCACCUCAGUCCCCUGUUCACCAGAAUGCACCACACAUGCAGUUACCCUCCACUCCUCCUGCCUUCUGUGACAAAAAAGUAUUCCAACCUCUGGAUGCCGUCAAUAUGCCUACUUACAUUGGCAUUCUUACAACACCUCAUUCCCCGGCGCUGUCUUCCGCAAGAUGGCUGUUGUCUAGCAGUCCUUCACCUUCGCAGGGUUCUCUACUAUUCUCCCAGGAGUACCCACCUGACAGGUAUAUUACUCAAGUGAAUAAUACUCGCUUGCAAGACGUGGCCCAGAUGCCCGACUCUGAUCUAACUUUGGACUCUGGAUCUGCCUCUUCGCCAACGCCGGCCAGCACUGCCUCCUACGGUUUCCCAAGCUCUGCAGACGACUCGUCCCUUGCGUCCCUUUAUGCUCGUUCUGUGCCUCCUGGCGAUCCUGAGGAACCACCGCUGGUUAGACAGACACUCAUUGACGCUCUCCAAGGCGAGCUGUUCGAAGGCGCGGACCCAUGGCGAGCGCUCGACCGCAUUCUGGGCCUGCAACCUUCCUCUGACUUUGCCUCGGAACAAACUCGAUUCUCAGUGGAUCAGCUCAGACUGUCGGAUGCUCGCGGUCUCCAUGCGGCUCAUGAUAGAAGCGGUGUGGGGUACCAUGCUCCGCGAGCGUCUUCGGCUGUAUACCCUAGAAAUGCGGAGAUCCGUCCGGUGGAAGCGCUACCUGACACGUCUGAGGACGCGGAUGCUGACGCAGACCUGCUAGGCACUGCCGGUGUAGACACGAACGUCUGCGACAGCGACUCCGGAGAUUUGAUGAAUGUCGUCUCACUAGCUGCAUCUGACCUUGCGCUAGAACCACCUGUCAAAUCUUGGCAUACAAGUCCAAUUGAAGGAGAAGACGAAGUGCGUCUAAAAGAGGUCCUGACUCCGUGGAGUACUUCGCCAGUGCAGGAAGCAGUUCUCGAUCACGAAGUGCUCCGAUGCGACGAGUUGGCUAAGGACCGAUUCACUGACGCGCGCGACCAUGUUGCCAGUACACAGGUACGAGGUUUUAUCCUGGGUGUUAGAGCUGAUAGUGACAUCGACCAGCUGGACACCGCCGCGAAUAAGGACGACGCUCGGCGUCUUAUAAUAUCUUACGCCGACCCACUCGAUGGACCAGACGUGCUAUCUGCUGGUGGUGACGAAAAUCUUGACGGGCCGUCUCUUUUUUCGGAUGUGGACAUCGAGGACGAUUAA